UCCGCGCGCGCCCGCGGCGCUCUCUCCAUCAGCUGAUUUUUGCGUCCGGUUCGGCGAGUCAUGCUUUUUCUUCCGGUCCAAUGCAGACCGCCGUUUCAGUAUCCGCGGGAUCGACGGUGAAGAUGGUAGAUGAAGCUGGUGACAGAGACGAAUCCUCGAAUGUUGCCAUCAUCAGGGAAGUGUACGACAAUGAAAACGCUCACGAGACAUUCGAGUACGAGCUAGAGAGAGCGCUGGAGUCGGAAUGCAGUUUAAUUGUUAUCGAGCCGUCGAAAUUAGGUGAUGAAACCUCCAGAUGGAUAGCGGUGGGAAAUUGUCUUCACAAAACUGCCGCGUUGUCGGGUCUCGCCGCGAUCGUCACAGGAUUGGUCUGGGGCGACCGGCCGUACAUCUGUGGCCCACUAGGUUUUAUAUCGGUCGUAACCUGCGGAUUGUACACAGUCUCUUGGCAGUUCGAUCCCUGCUGCCAGUACCAAGUAGAGACCGACACCAGCAAGCUACCGCACGUUGAGCUAUUGGCUGUUCUAGGUCCGUCGUCACCGACGUUUCUCGUAAGGAAAGAUGACAAGAGGAGACGAAUUCUUCACACGACUAUUACACUGGCGGCCCUCGGCAUCACCGCCUGGCGAGUCUACCAGGCGUUCAAGUGAAAGAACGAAAAGAGACAAGAAAACGCAGUUAUUACAGGCACCGGUUUUGACUUAAGCCAAAAUACGAAAGAACAAGGUAGGCCACACGACGCCGAGCUUCAUAGCAGUAGGCCUACGGGGGUUCCUCGGCCGAGAGGGACGCGCGAGCUCGUUUAUUCUCAUGCCGCGUUAUAUCGUGACACAAAGUAUUCUCUCAUUUUGACAAUUGACUCGUAACACUUUUUGAUACUACCUCGCAAGUGAAUGCUGCUUAUGUAACGACGGAACCACGUAAAUACGGACGGAGGGCCAGAUUUUAUUCCGGGCUUCUACAUCGGCGCAUGUAAGGUCGCACUUGAGAUAACGUUACUCCUCGUAGUCUUGACAAAAUGUUUCCAAAGUAACCACCGCAAAGCUGGAAAGACCGUGUAUGUGUGUGCAGUCUCUGUAAUGAAGAAAAAGAAAUACUGACAUAAGUGUUCUUAGAAUGAUUAAAUUGACAGUGGUACAUAUGGACUUAGCAUUAUGUAUUUUUAGACUGUAAAUAAAAUAGGUAGAGAGAGAGAGAGAGAAUACAAUACGUAUGGUAUGUCAAAGGGUAUAUCGCCUAGAUUUUCUCGCCCAGCAGAACAAUCUAUGUUGAACUGAUACGACCAGAAGGGAUACGUUGACCGCGUGGAAAACUCAACUGUAACUUUAGAUUUUAUUUUAUUAAUCGUAAAUAUAUAGAAUAAGAUACUUUUUUCAUUACAAUGGCGUUGUACGAAACUUAUUUGCAUCAGUCCCGUCGAAUAAAGGUUGGCGUCGCAGACAUUCCUGUAAAUGUUUAACAAAAAGAAAAAAAAAAGAAACUGAAAUCCUUACACGAAAUCUCCUCGCGUGGUACAACAUUUAUGGUCAUGUGAGUGGAACGUUCUCUCGUUUGUACGUGCAUCGAUACAGGGGCUCAAAAGGCGAACAGUGUACAUAACUCUGACCAUCGCUGUAGAAAUUACAAAUCAAGCUUAGGACGAUAACAGAUAUACUUUACUAUAUUUUAAAAUAUCGUUAUAUCGUUGUAUAAUGAGUAUAGCACAAAAUUUACGGGAUUAACAUCCGGAAAUCCAUACGUUUGGAUUUCGUUCGAAAGGAAAAAGAAAAAAAAAGUUCUAUUUUAUACAUGGAGCGCAGGAACUUGCCGAGCAUAUUUCUAUUAAAGACUUGUUUCUCCAAUUGUAUAUUAGAUUAACGAAUUACAAUGCUAGUAAAAGAAAGUCCACUGCACAGAAUAAGCUGACCACUGCUAGAGCGGAAAAUGCAGUCGAGUUUUAUUUCAAGUACGUUAAAGUUUUCUUCAGUAUGCCUCAAAGUGUUGUAGUUGCAUUCUAUAUUUAUGUACAAUGUGACUGCAUAUACCGAUUGUAUAGUGAUUACAUAUAUACAUAUUAUGUAGUGAUUAAUAUGAACGUGUAAUCGCUCGAUGUUACGUUCAUCAUCACAUUUAGUUAUAUUUUAUAUUAUAUGAAUUUUUUUUAUCACGUUUCUUUACGUAAUCUACUUCGUUAGAUUAAAAGUGAAGAAUAGAAAUAAUACAAACUUAAGCAAGGCAUACGAAAAUGUGAUCAAUAUACGGGAAUAUAAUAUUGGAAUGGCCAAGUCUGUCAUGACAAUUCAGAUUUUAUUGUGGUAGAAAUAUUUUUUCAGGUCUUAUUGAAACUGUUAUAUUUUAAGUAAGUUUGUACCACUUAAAUAAAUAGAGAAAAUUAAAUGAGAUGUUAAUAAAAGAAACGAUAAUUUUAAUAACACAUUGAAUAGUACUCUAAAUAGAUGUGCCAUCUAUCGCUCUUGUGUGAAGAAAUUAUAUAUUUUUAUUGCAAAUACAUUUCAUUACGUGUAUACUAUAUUUUUUCACUCGUUUCAAUAUUUCACGAACGAUAUAUACAACGGACAAAUUAUUAGAUGACUGUACAGUUGAGAUCUUUACGACAUAAAAAAAUGUAAAAGAUUGGAAAUUCCCUUCAUUUUAUGAGCCUUGUGGCAAGAGAUGGAUAGCACACUCGACAGCUAAACAUUUCAGCGGCAGUUUCAAGUAAAAUGUUAUAGUAAUAAAGUGUACAUAAUGUAAAGAUACUCCACUAGUCAGAGAGUGGCUACGAUACAAAUAAAAUAUACUUUUGAAUAGC